GACAGAAACAUUGCGUUUCCUGGACGCAAACACUAGGACUGGAAUUGACCCAGAAGUUAAUGCGUUUAAACGCUUUAACAUUCUUUAUCAGGUACUGAUUUAUAAACGAUUUAUAAACGUCCGUUAGCCUCCAGUUCAUCUUAUACAGCAAGGAACGGGUUUAACGCAGGACGAACUGAUCUACAACGUCAGAAUGUAGACUAGUUAUUGAUGCUAAAGUGUCAAAAUGGUGUCAAUAAUCUGCUUUAGUUUGCUUUCGUUAUCGUUAGGCUGAAAACCUGUCGUAGCCACGAGCACGCGCUGCGCGGUCCCGUAACUGCCACUGAUUGCGUCAUGCGCUGAUGGCUUCUUUCAGGGGUGCGUCUCAAAUCGACGAGUUAUUUCCCAAUCAAGCUCAGGGGUCUUCAUAUACAUUUAAAUUAUAUAUAUAUUUUUUUGUAUUGUAUAACAUUACAGUUUAUCAAUAGUUGUGAUUCGGUGAGGAAAAGUUAGCUUUUAAGCUUAAGCGAUGGAGACUUUGUUUACAUUAGUGUGUAGUGUUGUUUUAUAUUAGCAUUUUACGCUGUGCGGAUUGUGACUAGCGUCACAGACAAGACUUCCUUUAAUAAACAUAUAAUUACAGUCUGAUUGUAUUUAAAAAUUGUGUUUCGCUAAGCAAGAAUAAAUAGAUAAAAUGUAAAAAAAAAAUCAAUUUCUGAUAAACGUUUGUAGCUUGUAGCUAGUAUCUCGUCUGAUUAGCAUACCUCAGAUAAAUGACAAACAAAUCCAUGUAACUGCUGAUAAACUGCAGCGGUUAAUGUUUAGAAAUCGUCAAUGAGGGACAGGGGUUUUAAAUGUGUGAUAUUUUUACUGUAGUUUUUUAAGCACUCAGUUUAUAAGUAUAAUUAAGAGGUUUUACUCGUAAACUGCCGUACGUAACUGAUUAUCGCAGUGUUUAUGUAGUUUAACGCUGACACUGAUGAUAUGUAAGUAGCUAAACUGAUAUAGCUAGCACCUCUCUGUUCUUGUGAACAUGAAUAACUGGAAUUAUAAAUAAUGUACAAUUCUGACUAUGCUAAUUUUAUACAGGUCAACCAUGCUAAAAUAAUAAAUAAAUGGUUUGCCCUAAAGUAGCAAAAAUCAGAAAAUAAUAAAAACGCCAGGAUCAUAUUAAUUUGCAAGGAACCAAAUAAAAAAAAUUUUUUUUUGCCAUGUCAAGUCACAUAUUCAGUAAUUUUUAGUUUUAUUUGCCUGAAUAUGACGUAACACGAAGCGUUUAAUGUUUGUACCACCUAUACCACAUAGACUGUAACGGAUAAAAACUAAACGCAGUCGGUUUGAGACGCGCCCCGGAUGAACCGGGAGACCGGCGCGGGGGGGCGGGUCCGCUCUCUGCCACCCGAGCCCGUGUAGAUAGGUUUGUUUAGGAAGGUGAGAGAGAGAGAGAGAGAGAGAGAGAGAGAGAGAGAGAGAGAGAUCUGUUGAAUGGAGACGGUUCUUGGAGUUUAUAACGGUGUCCGGUGCAGCUGGGGGCGUUAAACACGCGUGAGAACCUGCGUCUCAAAAGGCUCACGAGGCUCGUGAUCUUGUCGCUGUUUUGAGACUUUAAUACCGGUGCAGUUUCUCGGUGCAGGUUUGGAUCUCGAGCUGCGAGAGUUCAGCGCGCGCGCAUCCCAUCCCAUGUAAACCUUUGCUUUUCUGCUGUUUAUUAUUUCAACCAAAUUUUUUUUACAAUACUGAUAAAUAUACAUAUUAUAUAUAUACCCACCUCCUCCUCCUCCACUCUUUGGCGCACGCGGUGCUUUUCGUUUCAUGCAAUAAAAAAAGACUUUUAUGGACACUGGUGUGGACGCACGUGCGCACGCAUGCAUGAUGAAUCCGGCAAACAGCAACUGCAUCACCGAGAUCGGUGACAGGACGCGCGAGCCCGAUACCGAGCCCAAGCACGGGGCUUUGGAGUCAGUGGAGCGCGCUUCCGGUAAGCAACCUCCCUCCUCGGUGGAACAGGGAUGCCAGCUCGGGAAAGCGGAGGAAGAGCAGGUGCACACGACCCCAGCGCAGUUUGUGCCGCCGGAGGGAGGUUACGGCUGGCUCGUGGCGUUCGCUGCUACCUGGUGCAAUGGCUCGAUUUUUGGUAUCCAGAACUCGUUCGGGAUUCUGCACGUGAUGCUCGCGGAGGAGCACGAGGACCCCAACGACAAGGCGUCCCAGUUUAAAGUAGCAUGGGUCGGCGCCUUGGCUAUGGGGAUGAUCUUUUUCUGCUCCCCUGUGGUCAGCAUGUUCACCGAUCACUUUGGCUGCAGGAAGACGGCAGUGGGAGGAGCCUUCGUCGCCUUCCUCGGACUCCUCAGCAGCUCGUUCGCCACGACACUGGGCCUCCGUUAUUUCACUUACGGUGUGCUGUUUGGCUGCGGCUCGUCCUUCGCCUUCCAGCCAUCGCUGGUCAUCUUAGGGCACUAUUUCCGUCGCCGCCUAGGUCUGGCUAAUGGUGUGGUGACGGCAGCAAGCAGCCUCUUCACCAUAGCACUGCCUGUGCUCCUCAAGAAAGUUGUAGGUCCUCUGGGCCUUUCCAGAACCUUCCAGAUCCUCAGCAUCUUCAUGCUGGUCCAGUCACUGCUGGCACUCUCUUUCCGGCCGCUGAUUCCUUCAACUGGGGGCUCCCAGGGGCUCGCCGGAGAGCAGGGAUCCACAGCAGGAACUCGGUGGAGCAGAGGUGUGACGAAAGUGAAGAAGUAUUUCAACGCCCGUGUGUUCAGGGUGGCUACAUACCGAGUGUGGGCUUUUGGGGUAGCCACAGCUGUUCUGGGAUACAUGGUGCCCUACAUUCACCUGAUAAACUUUGUGAAGGAGCAGUUUGGGGAGACGCAUAAGGAGUGGGUGCUGUUGGUGUGCAUCGGGGCUUCCUCGGGAGCAGGACGUCUGCUCUUUGGCAAAGUGGGAGACCUAAUUCCUGGAGUCAAAAAAAUAUACUUGCAGGUGGCCUCUUUCAUGACUCUGGGCCUGAUGUCAAUGAUGAUCCCUCAGUGCCGUAUGCUUGAGGGCCUGAUGGUGGUGUGUGUUUUCAUGGGACUGUGUGACGGUUGCUUCAUAACCAUAAUGGCCCCUAUUGCUUUUGAGUUGGUGGGGCCCAUGAGGGCCUCACAAGCCAUUGGUUACCUGCUGGGACUCAUGGCUAUUCCAAUGACAGCAGGUCCACCGAUUGCAGGCCUUCUUCACGACCACUUUAAGACUUACCACGUGGCGUUUUACCUGGCCGGCGUGCCCCCUCUGGUCGGAGGCUUGGUCUUGUUCUUUGUGCCGUUGGUCUCCCGGCACGCUCAUAAGAAACAAAGCGACACGUGUGACCCGAGCACACACAGCAUGCUGAAGAACUGCACCAACGGAGACGUGCUGCCUGGAUACACUGACCCGGAAACACAACAAGAGCUGCACUAAGGGAUUCGCUUCACCAGAAGUCCAUCAUCUGCUGUGUUCGUAUGCGUGACAUCUCUAUCCUCAGAUCAAAUCAGACCCAAACUCCUCACAUCGGUGCUCUUUUACUUAAAUAGUAAAGACCUGCAAGUGGAUAUUUCAUUCUCUUUUAUCCUCCUCUUGGACUCCACAGGCCUCCAUCCCUCUGCUUGCUUUUUUGGGAUUUUAACAGUCUAGAACUUGAUGGCUUCUCCAAAGGAGCCAAUGCUUGAAGGAACCCCAAUUCUCACAUAAGAAGAAAAGUGAGUGCUGAUCAGUAGGAAAUGCUGUUGCCUUUGAAUAGAACUAUAAGGAAGAACAUUUUUCUCUCUACAUCUGCCCUUCUUUAACCACUGUGUCCACAGAACAGUUGCCGUUUUUCCACAGAAGAGAUUUUUUCCCCCGCCACUGAUUUUAUUCAAUUGUUUUUAAGGAAUAUAAUGUUCUUUACUCAUUCCUAGAUCUUUCAUAACAUCUACUGUGGGUUCAGAGCUAUUGGUAUAACCAGUGUUAAUAAGUGAUGCAUAAUCAUACAACAUUGUCACUUAUUCUUAAGCCAAAAGAAGAAUUUCGAUGGCUCAAGCCUUUUGAAAAAAUAAUGACUUUCGUUUCUGAGAUUUUAGUAGAAACAUUUUAAUAGAAAACCUUUUCUAAUAUGAAAUCCAAUCAUUUGACGUUUGUUUCCAGUUCUCUUUUUCGAUUCUUGCAUGCAGUUCUUUAUUUUAUUUUUUUUUUGUUAAAUCUAAGAAUCUAAACUGUUGAAAGUGAAUUUCAACAUUCAUGGGUCUAUCAGAUUUCAUUGGUGUUAAAUAGAAGGUUUUUGUAUUUAUAUAUAUACUAGCUACACAAACUAGCUAACAAUUUUGUGGACCAGGUUUGUCUAAGGAAUUCAAAAUCAUCUAUUUUCCGUCAACUAUUUAAAGUGAAAUUCGCUGGCGCUAAAGGUAGAUAGGAACUAAAAUUUAGUGUUCAGACUACACUGUCUGAUUUCUUAGACCAAUCAUUUGGAACUCCUGGGCUUUGGCCAUGCCACAACUAAAUUCAUUCACAAUUGACAAGUCAAACAUUGCAUCUGGACCUCAAUCACCUCUAUUUUAGCAAACCUUUCAAUCCAGAGGGGCAUAUAAAUAAUUUUUUAAGUCAGUGUUUUGCACUUCGUUAGCAUUGUGAAUUUGUUUUCUUUUGGUUUUUGGGCACUUUAGAUACAAUCCAUUGUAUAAGUUUGGUCAAAUAUCUAAGUAGCUAUGCACCUACUGAGUUUAGAUUUUGGUUUAGGUUUGACGCUUCCCUUAGGCAGAGUGAAUUCAAAAUAAUACAGAAUCGCAAGUCCAAAUCUUGCGCCGCCCGCCGUAUCAGUAUGAAGGGAAUAUUCAUCCGUCACUUGCUAAUUUAGAUGCUGGAUUAGAAAUUUGUAUACUGUGUGAUUUUCUGCAGACCUCACAGAAUUUAUUCUAUGCAGCAAAUCAGUGCCAAUAUUUUCAAGCCAGUUAGUCACUCCGUGCCAGUAGGCUAUGCUGAUAUAUCCAGCUAACUUGCAUUCCUCAAAGAUGCAGGGAUUAAAUAACAUUCAUAGCGAAAACAUCAUUAUAUUCUCAUACUCUCGUGAUUUUUUUUUUUUUUUUUUGUUACAAAAUACGACUUGUUUAUUUUCUGGCUAGUGAAUUAUUUUAUUAUUUUGUUACUUUAGUAGACAGUUUCUCAUUAAUUACAGUAUAUGGUGCGAUAUUUUGGCUUUCACAUCUUUUCAGCCAAUCAAGCUUGGCUCCUUCCCUUGUGUAAUUGUCUUACUAACUAAUUUAUCUUCCUAUUGGUCUCUAUUUUAGUCACUGCUAUGGAGACACUUUUGCCAUAGAGAUGUAUUUCAUCUGUCAGAAAAGGGCCGUUUUCAUUGGCCAGUGCAAACAGGAGCUGUUCAUAUCAUUGGCUGCUUCCCCUCAGACGGUUACUUAAUUGGUUGCUGGUUGAUAUGUCGUCACUAUGGGAACACUUUCAAGCCUUUGGAUGCAAAACAAACAUAGUAUAACCCAAACAUGCCUCAUUAGCUUAAUCUGUAGGUUUAAACUAGAAAACUGCAUUUGGUAACUCACAGGAAAUUUUUUAAACAUGUCUAAGUAAAAGUUUAAAGUUGAAAUAAGUAAACCGUUGGUCAUUAUAUAGAUAUACAGUAACCAUAGAUUUUCUGUAAAUCCUGUGUUCCUAAAGCUUUAUGUAUCCAGGGCUCCAUUGCAGCUAAGAAAAGACAAACAGUUGUUAGGAGUUUGUAGCUCAAGCACAUUUGACUUCAGACUGAUUUCAACUGCAGCAUCUGUAGCAUGCCAGUAGCGAGUUCUCGGGUUUGUCAUAUUCUUCAUGCAUUUUUAACAGUUUUAUGUUAAUGUAACUAUCGAGCUUAGUCCAAUAAUUAGUCCAAAAAAUAUUCAGACUUGAACUGCUGUUUUUUUCUCCAUUUCUUGUUACAUUUUGUAAUACAUAGCACAAAUCCACUAAAACUUUUAUUUUUUAACUUGACGUCCGAGCUUUCUGUCUUAAAGUUUUGUUGGAAAAGUUUAAUCUUUCCCUUUGACUGUUACUAGCGGUUAGACUCCUUCCGAAUUACUAAAUACAGCUGGAGUGUUACAGUAUUUGUUACAAUAGAAAUAAUAACUAAUUAUACGUAUUGUCGUUUGUAUAAAGCCAAGGUUUAUAAAUUAGAAGGCAGAAUGAGACGGUCAUUACUCUGCGCAAUUUACGUUGUAUAAAACUAUAUUUCUGAGCCUUAAAGGGAUUGAGACAAUGGCGCUGUUUAAAAUUAAAAUGUUAAAAUGUUGUCCAGUGAGAACAAGUAGAAGUAAAAGUGCAGUAUGUUUUUUUAACACAAAAUUGUGUAAUAUUGGCAAACAGUUACAGUCAUUGUGAUAUUUUAUAUCGGCCAAGGCUGGUAGGAACAAGACACACAUACCUCAAAAUCUUACCUGUUAUUGAUACUCACUGUUAAUUUUACAGCUGCAGUUUAAGCCUCAAUGCCAAUGAUCCUCAAUACAAGCAUCUCUCUCUCUCUCUCUCUCUCUGUCUCUGUCUCUCUCUCUCUUCCUUUUACAGUUUGUAUUGCUCUCAGUGCUAAUUACCCAAUUAACCUUUAAUUGCGUACUUAUUUUUUUAACCACUAACGGCCUUUUCAGAGUGUGAGUGUGUGUGUGUGUGUCUCCCAAUUUAUAGUGUCUCCAGACCUCAGGGAUCGUAUUUUCUGAAAUCAAUUCAAGUCCAAAUGUCCUCACAUCAGACAUUUCUACCGCAUGCAUUAUGGUACAGCAGAUGUGUAAAGACUAAGCUAAAUUUUAUUUAAAAAUAAAGAAGAGAAAAAAAAUUAAUUUCUCACUUACUCCCUAAAAUCAAAUGUAGUCGAUCGUUCAAGACACAUUUGGCUCACUUGGCUGACGUAAGCUUCAUUCAUUUUGCUCCAGAUGUAUUCCUUUAACCAAGAGAAUUAUGAAAUAUAAUCAAAUAAUAACACUAAACAGUUUUAGGAAAAUAUGGAAAGGACAAAUCAACCUUGUUUUUCAGAGAUUUUGAAUUCUUUCUUCCAUAUAUAUCAGUUCAGUGAGUCUCCAUAAAUGUUUGGUGAUCUUGGCAAACCCUUCGGAUGUCAUCCUAGAUGACAAAGGUGAGACAAAAUUAGAUAAAAUAUUGUGUUUUGUCCAAAAAAAAAGUAGAAUUUUGGUACCUCAAUUUGAACAAAUCGUAAACUUUAAUUUCCCCUUAAAGGUUAUUAUUAUUAUUAUUAUUAUUAUUAUUAUUAUUAUUAUUAUUAUUAUUAUUAUUGUCUUAACCUGCCUAGAUACAAGAAAAGAGGAGCUUUUGUGAGUUAAGGCAUAGAAGAUAGAUGUAGUCUUCACAAUCAUAUUUAUAUAUAUUAUAUGCUAAUGAUUACAUAAGAAAUUAAAUACUAGACAAAUUAAAUGCUUAUGUUUUCAGUCAAAUUUUUAAAUGCUCAUUUUUGGAGGGAAUCAUUCCCUCGCUUUUCAAAGCGAAUAGAUCACAGUUUGUAUUUCCAGUUUAAAAUACUUUUCAUACAUUGUUUCUUUCUGUUUGUGGAUAUUUACGCAAAAUCAUUUACAUUUAACACAGUAUUUACUGUCAUGGAUGGUUUUACAUGUACCAAGUACCUAAAUGUAGUUUAUUCUCUUCACCUAAUUUUCAGUUUUUAAACAAGUAAACAUUUAUUUGUCUGUAUUCUUAGUUUAAUUUCCACGUGAUUUGUUCUGUUUUUCAUCCUAGAGUUUUUUUUUUUGUUGUUGUUUUAAUUUGGACCUCAUAAGAAUCUAAUAUUACCUCAGUUACCUCAUGUCUGCAUUUUGGCCUUCCUGUUUCUGACCAAUCAGUUCCAAACUUUACAAAUAUGCAGAUUUUUUUCUAGUGAGCGAACACUGAAGUUACUCAGUUUUUUUUAAUAUAAUUAUAAUUCUAUUUUUUUCUUUUUAUCUCUUUGUAAAUGGCUCCUGAGUAUUGAUUCACCUGGUAGAGUUGAGUAACAGAUAUCUUGCGUAUUUUUACAAAUCCACUGUAUGGUUUAUUGAUUUAACGGUUGGUUGAAUGAUUUACAUUUACACUGAUUUAAUUAACCUCAUAGUAGCAUUGUACUUUUUUUUUUAAUUGCAGUCGACAUGUAUAUAAAUAAUUUUAUUUCCUUGUAAUUCUUUCAUGUAUAGAAAUAUAUUUAGUAAGGCUUUACAUUAGGAUUCCUUUUACUGCAUUGUUUAACAUGAACAAACUCUGAACUUCAGCAAGAAUAAAGCACAAGAAUUAUUGACAAAGGUUGUUAGAAACAUCUUGCUGGAAUUGUCUCUCUUUUUAACUGAUGCUUGGAAAAAAUAUCAUUAACAAACAGCAUUUGGGUAAAAAUCUGGUAGAAUUUCUUUCUGUUUGCUUGGAUUUUUUUUCAGCAAUGUUGGCAGCUCUGUGUUUAUGUUGGUUGGCUUAAUUUUAUUUACAGAUCAACAUAUACAUGAACAUAGCUAUACUGUCCCGAACGCGGGAAUAAACGGACCUAAACUCAGGAUGGCGAAAUAAACGGGGUUUAAUAACAAAAGAACACUAAACAUGACACAGACUAAAGACAGGACAAGACAACAGUAGAUUCCACGCUGCAUAAGGCAACGCGGCACAGUUAAAUAGACAGGGUAAUCACAAUGGGAAACAGGUGUGGGGAAAUGGGAGGAGCAGACAAGGGCGGGGCAGACACGUGACGAAGAACAUUAACACAUGCACGUGGCCAAAGUCAUAUACAUAGCUACAGUAUAGCUGUUGAUUCAUUAGCUUAUUUGUGGUUUGGUUUUGUUAAUGAUAUUAAAGCUGGAUUAAUGCUGAAGUUCAGGAUUUGCUUUGUGUCAAUUAAGGAACUCUUAAUAUUCUGAAGCUUCAUCAUACCUUUGGAACACUUUUUAGCUAGUAGCAAUUUAGCAGUUUUUUUUCUUUGGAACACUUUUUAGCUAAUAGCAAAUUUGUGUUUUUAUUUCUUUGGAACACUUUUUAGCUAAUAGCAGUUUAGCUACAAAACAUUGUCUUUGUUGUAAUGUAAGGAAUGUUUAUAGCACUUAGCUGGGGUAGGAAAAUAAAUCAGUUCAAUGUUGUAUCCUGUGGAGCAUGAGGGAGUGUGUCCUGAACUUGUAUGGAAAUGAGCUCUGAUUGGAUGUGCCUUGUAAGGCUGUAAUUGCAGACGUUGGCUUGUUUUUGCGUUUUUCUCUCUUUUUUUUUUAGACUUAAGCUGACAGAACUUGCAAGAAAUUGCUACAUUCAAAAUCUUUAUAUGUUUAUAAAACACUGCUAAUGUGAGUUAGCUGACUUGUAUGAGCUUACUUAACCUUACCUCUGAGCUACUUUUGACCACUAGCUGCCUACAUAUAUGUGUUUAAGGACAUUGCCGUCCUGUUUCACUCAACAACACAAUGCACGUUUCUGCAUGUUUCGUUGUCCGAUGUGCUGUAAACAGUCAUAUAUGGUGAUCAUACUGGAAAUGAAUUGCAGUGUUCCACCCUGGCCUUUAAGAUGUUUCUUUCUGUUUAACCUGUAAACUUUUAUAGGAAGUAUUAUCUUAGCACCUUGUGAUUUAUUAUUUUUUUUGUUGAUGUUUUGGGCAACAUUUUAGGAGACUAAAUCUACAUGUGUUAUCUACAGCUCUGUACUGGCUUCAUUAAAAUGUUUUCUUUAACAUUAAAUCUUCAAUACCACCCUAAUUAUUUUUUUUACUUAUUUUUUUCCUUCAUAUGUAAACAACAGUGAAAAUAAAAGGACUAAAGUUAUGCUGCUAGCUUUCUGUCAUUUAGUUUUCAUUUGAAUAAUAGUUUGCAUCUCUAGUAGGCCUAAUCGUUUUGGUUAUUUGAUAUUAAACAAGCAUUAAAUGCCA